AUGCUCUCUCGUGCCCUUUUAGGUUCGCUGCUUGCGAGCACAGCAAGUGCCAUCUCGCUACCACCCCUGAUCCCCAGUAUCCCUGGUGUCACUGAGCCUCUUUCCGAGAACGCUCCACCUCUGCCCAUUCUCCAAGUUCCGACUCCGCCUUUGGAGAGCCCACCUCACUCGGUGAACUCCCAGAUCCGUCCCAAGAAGAUCGGAUACUUCUGGACUGCGGCAGGUGACAACAAGCACAAGGACUUCCUUGCUACGUACUCGCUCGACGAUGAGACAUUUGGCACUCUGAUUGCUAUCACAGACGUACCGUCCUCUGGCAACUCGCCGCAUCACUUGGGCCCGUCCAUCGAUGGCAAGACGCUCGUCGGUGGCGGUCUUUUGUCGCUGCUAAAGACUCAAGACACGGCAUACUACUUCGACACCACGAACCCAUACCAGCCCAAGUUUAAGAAGUCAAACCGUGCUCUACUCUCCUCCAUCACCGAUGAGAUUCGAGCCAAACCUGAUGGCGGCUUUCUCAUCACCUACAUGGGCUCCGCCGUCGGUACUUCUCCCGGCCGCCUCAUUGAGACUGAUGCCGAGUUCAACAUCAUCCACGAGUGGCCCGAGGAUGUUCCCUCGACCCUCAACAUCCUCGGCGAGCAGUUCAGCCCGCAUGGCCUGUCCAUCGACUUCAAGAACAACAUCAUCUUGACAUCCGACUUCGUCGUGCCCGUCACGAUCCUCAAGCCCGCGAGCAUUACCGGCAUCCAGAAAGCCAAUACGCUUCGCCUCUGGGAACUCAGCUCGCGCAAGAUCAUCUCCACGAUUACCAUCCCGAAUGGCGCUGGGAUCCAGGACGUCAAGUUCAUCCCCAACAAUCCUGAAUCCGCUGCUCUUGCUACCGCCGUCGGACCAGGACAGGUCUGGAUCAUCUACCCCUUCCGCAAGAAUGCGCAGGGCAAACAGGGCGUCGCAGAACUUCUCUUUGAUCUUGGUCCCCGCGCGCGCAACAACCUCGCCAUCUACUCCGACAUCACCGACGACGGCCACUUCGCAUACUUCACGCUCACGCUCGGAAAUCAUAUCGCAGCGCUGGACAUCCGUGAUUUGAACAACGUAAAGCGCCUGGACAACCCUGACGAGAACCAGGACAUCGUCGGACCGCAUUACAUCAAGAUCAGCCCAGACAAGAAGAACCUGCUUGUUACUGAUUACUUUGUGCAGACGGGCGAUAUCGGCAUCGUAAACACCCCGGCGGACUUCAAGGCGCAGUGGAUUGAUAUUUUGCCAGAUGGUAGCUUGAGCUUCAACCGCAGCAUUGACUUCUUAAGCCAGUUUCCGGAGAGAGGUGGAGCAUGGCCUCACAGUGCGGUUAUCUUCGAUUUGACGGACCCAGCAAAGCCUUACUACUACUAG